AUGGCUAGAGGCAGUGGCUCCUUGGAUGAGUUGAGUUGCGCCGUCGACUUCGAUAUGAUGGGCUUGACUGCGAGGAUGCCAGUCCGGGCUUCGCUUGGCAGCUUGAACAAGUGUGAGGCUCGUGAUCUUGGGCUGGUGCUCUGCCUCGUCGAUGAAGUGAGCACAUAUAUAAUUAUCUAUUCAGCAAUACUGGUUGUCUUUGGAACAAUUGCCUCAGUUCAAACCAGCCGCUUAUUCGUCGCUCAACGCCAAGUCCCCCACUUGGAUUUUAUCAAUGAUCAACUCGAUCUUGCCCUCGAAGAUUUCCCCAGAGCUGCACAGCUCAUAUACACGCCCGAUGCCAUUGCAAGUCAUAGUCUGAAUGAGUCACGACAAAACCAGAUUCUCUCAGACUUUGCCGAAGAUGCACUCGAGUCCGUCGACACCACACUCAUCGGCAACGAAAACACCCUGCUCUAUCAAAUUAACUUCCUCUCCGAGACUGUGGGCCUCAGAUGGUCCAUCUUCUUCACAGCUGGUGAGAACGAGAAGGUUGAGAACAAGGGUGCUGUGGACGUUUUCCAAACAGAUCUUGAGAAUUUGACAGUUGCAACGGAGGGAAACCAGCGACAAUCUCAGAUCACGCGGUUUGUGUCUACCGAUGCAAAACCGCUCCCAUUCGAUGUUGAGCUUAUGCCUGGAUUUGGCGACUUUAUCUGUCCCGAUGGUCCGUUUGUCUUGGAGCUCGUCCCCGUCGGUGACACGGUCAUCGAUGUCAGACAGACCAUCGUUGAGCCUACCGCUGAGGAUGGGACGUUGACGAUCUUUCCUCUGGGAUUUCAAAUUCUUGUCUUUGAUGACGGGCAUGUGGAAAGCUUGCUGGAGGAAUAG